AUGAGAAACCAUACAGUAGUGACAACCUUCAUUCUUCUGGGACUAACAGAUGAUUUACACUGGCAAAUUGUAAUUUUCCUUUUUCUAUUUUUAACAUAUUUAUUGAGUGUCACUGGAAAUAUGAUCAUUAUCCUGGUCACCUUGCUGGAUUCUCACCUCAAAACACCCAUGUAUUUCUUCCUUCGGAAUUUUUCUUUUUUAGAAAUCUUGUUGACAUCUGUCUGCAUCCCUAGAUUCCUAGUCAGCAUAGCGAUUAUGGAUAAAACUAUUUCCUAUGAUGCUUGUGUGACACAAUUAUUUUUUGUCAUUUUUUUGGGUGUAUCAGAGUUUUUUCUGCUGGCUGCCAUGUCCUAUGACCGCUAUGUGGCCAUCUGCAAACCCCUGCAUUAUGCAACUAUUAUGACCAACAGAGUCUGCCACCAGAUGGCUGUUGCCUCUUGGUGGGCUGGUUUGUUAACAAUCUUUCCUGGACUUACCAUGGGCCUCAGGUUGGAAUUCUGUGAUGCUAAUAUUAUUGACCACUUUAUCUGUGACUAUUCUCCUGUUCUGACUCUCUCCUGCACAGACACAUGGGUAAUAGAAUUGUUAAGCUUUAUUUUAGCCAUUGUCACUCUCCUGAUUACACUGGCCCUGGUAAUGUACUCCUAUGGAAAUAUCAUAAAAACAAUUUUGAAGAUUUCUUCUGCCCAGCAGAGGAAGAAGGCUUUUUCUACCUGUUCCUCCCAUAUGAUUGUUGUUUCCAUCUCUUAUGGCAGCUGCAUUUUCAUGUAUAUUAAACCUUCUGCAGAAGAAAGGGUAUCUUUAAACAAGGGAGUAGCAGUAUUCAUCACUUCAAUUGCACCUGUUUUAAAUCCUUUUAUAUACACCUUAAGAAAUAAGCAAGUGAAACAAGCCCUGAACAAUAUAGUAAAAAAGUAUAUCUUUACUACUUUGAAAUAA